AUCGCACGGCUGGAGGCACCGUCCGUCCCCACUGCAGAGCUACUGCUGGAAGAGCGACUUAAAGGGCCCGCGCGCCGCCGCCCCCUCGGCCCGCCAUGCUGCUACCCGAGCUGGUGCUGCUCGGCCUUCUUGGCCUGGCCGCCGCUGAACCCGUCAUUUACUUCAAGGAGCAGUUUCUGGACGGAGACGGGUGGACUGAGCGCUGGAUCGAAUCCAAACACAAACCGGAUUUUGGUAAAUUCGUUCUCAGUUCCGGCAAGUUCUACGGUGACCAGGAGAAGGAUAAAGGGCUGCAGACAAGCCAGGAUGCCCGGUUUUACGCUCUGUCGGCCAGAUUCGAGCCCUUCAGCAAUAAGGGUCAUACACUGGUGGUGCAGUUCACCGUGAAACACGAACAGAACAUCGACUGUGGGGGCGGCUACGUGAAGCUAUUUCCAGAUGGUCUGGACCAGACAGACAUGCAUGGAGACUCUGAAUACAACAUCAUGUUUGGCCCGGACAUCUGUGGCCCUGGCACCAAGAAGGUUCAUGUCAUCUUUAACUACAAGGGCAAGAACGUGCUGAUCAACAAGGAUAUCCGUUGCAAGGACGAUGAAUUCACACACCUGUACACGCUGAUUGUGCGGCCUGAUAAUACCUAUGAGGUAAAGAUUGACAACAGCCAGGUGGAGUCAGGCUCCUUGGAGGACGAUUGGGAUUUCUUGCCUCCCAAGAAGAUAAAGGAUCCUGAUGCUGUAAAGCCUGAAGACUGGGACGAGCGAGCCAAGGUUGAUGACCCUACAGACUCCAAGCCUGAGGACUGGGACAAGCCUGAGCACAUUCCUGACCCCGAUGCUAAGAAGCCCGAGGACUGGGAUGAAGAGAUGGACGGAGAGUGGGAACCACCAGUGAUUCAGAACCCAGAGUACAAGGGUGAGUGGAAGCCCCGGCAGAUUGACAACCCAGAUUACAAGGGCAUUUGGAUCCACCCAGAGAUCGACAACCCUGAGUAUUCCCCUGAUAGCAACAUCUACGCCUAUGAAAACUUUGCUGUACUGGGCUUGGAUCUAUGGCAGGUCAAGUCUGGCACCAUCUUUGACAACUUCCUCAUCACCAACGACGAAGCAUAUGCUGAGGAGUUUGGCAACGAGACGUGGGGUGUUACGAAGGCAGCAGAAAAACAAAUGAAGGACAAGCAAGACGAAGAGCAGAGGCUAAAGGAGGAGGAGGAGGAGAAGAAGCGCAAGGAAGAGGAGGAGGCAGACAAGGAAGAUGAGGAGGACAAGGAGGAGGAUGAGGAGGAUGAGGAUGAGAAAGAGGAAGAGGAGGAGGAAGACGCUGCCGCCGGCCAGGCCAAGGAUGAGCUGUAGGGGCCACGCCGCCGCCUCCAGGGCUGGACUGAGGCCUGAGUGCUCCUGCCGCAGAGCCGGCCGCGCCAAAUAAUGUCUCUAUGAGACUGGAGAACUUUCAUUUUUUUCCAGGCGGGUUCCAAUUUGGGGUGGAUUUUGUUUUUGUUCUCCCCCUCCCUUUUUUUUUUUUUUUUAAGUUUUUUUUUUUUUUUUUUUUUAACUGGUGUUUUGCCUCUGAUUCUCUUUCAGCCCUUACCCCUGGCCUUCCAUCUUUCUUGAUUUGACAUCUUUGCUUUCUGCUGUCCCCUUAUCUCCCCAGAUCCCUUAGUUCCCCUCCAACUUGGGGACUCGGGGUGGGGUGUGGCGUGGAGGAGAAGCCCCAGGCCCAAGAUUCCAUGUGCUCUCCUUCCUGGAUCCCACAGGGGGGUAGGAGAAGAGGGUGGCAUCACCAGCCUUCCAACACUGAGAAAGAAUGGGGCUCCUAAGGCCUGAGCUCUGACCUCCCUCUCUCCUUUCUCCCCUGCCCAGGACUGGGCCAGUUCCGAGUGGGGCAGCGGGUUCUAGCUCGGCUCAUACUGAGAAUGUAAGAACUACAAAUGCAAUUUCUAUUAAAUUAAGUUUUGUGUCUUC